CGAUUCCGCAUUCCGGGGGACUUUUUCGAGCAAACAAAAUUAGCAGACACUGAAACAUCAGGAAGAUUUCUGACUCCUCGCGACGGGGGCAUCUAGGGAAUAAGAAGCUGCUUUCGAUGCCUCGUUUGGAUAACUAGAGGUCGGGUGGGAUAAUUGUAUAGAGUGAUAUCGUCAAGUUCAAGUUUCUUCUUCCCACAGGCUAUUCUGGGGGCAGUUUCAAUAUGAACUUGACAAUGCACUGACUACUGAUGAACAUGUCGGAACUGUCAUUCAGGUCAGUUGCUGUGGUGUAAUGCCGAUCGGCCUUGGGUAUCUGUGCGCCUUCUUUCAAGUCUCGCACGAUGAUUGUCAGAGAUAUAUGUAUGGCAGGUUAUUUCCCUUCAAGACCCGUAAAACGACCUCAGAUACAAUGCUGCCCGUACCCGUAGGUUAUCCCAUAGAAAGGCUGUCUGGACCUUUGCUCAUUGCUUCUCUCUUGCAUUGGGGACUCUUCGGGACUCUUUCCGUUCAGCUCUAUUUGUACUAUCUAGCCUUUCCGAAUGACAGGCGAUUCACAAAAUGCCUCGUCUAUGGCAUCUACAGUAUCGAAUUCGUUCAGAUGGUUCUCGUCACCCACGACGCCUUUGCAAUAUUCGGUUACGGUUUUGGGGAUAUCGAAGCCAUCAUUGAAAUCCAUUUCGAUUGGCUCACUGGUCCCAUCAUAAGCGCUGUUGCGGCUUGCAUCGGACAGGUUUUCUAUGCAUACCGAAUCUUCAUAUUGUCAAAGUCACGAAUCCUCCCUGUAUUCGUCGCCUGUGUAUCCGUGACCAGCUCUGCAGCAGCUAUAGUUGCAGGCGUCUACUCUUUCGAAGCGGGAAACAUUAUUGAACUUAACAACAAGAAGGUAUCCAUCUGCGUCGGGAUUUGGUGUGGUGCCUCUGCUCUGUGUGAUAUCAUCAUCGCUAUCUGUAUGACUUACUACCUUAUGCGCCGCAAUACUGGUUUCCGCCAGACCCAAAUUCUGAUCACAAAGCUAAUUCGUCUCACUAUUGAAACGGGAACUGUGACCGCUGUUUUCGCACUGCUCAACCUUAUCCUCUUCUUUGCAUUCCCUCAUCAGACUUUCUACACGCCACCCACCCUGCUCAUGCCCAAGUUGUAUGCUAAUACCAUUUAUAUGGUACUGAAUUCGCGAAUCCGAAUUAUGGGAGGACGGGAUACCUAUUUAACUUCCACUGAUAUAAUCAUCCCAACCGCUAUGAUACAGGAUACUAAUUCCCAAUCAACGCAGAGCACACGUCAAACGGAUGGGAUGCAAGAACACGCCCCAGCAUGCGCGAUAACUAAAGAGAUAUUCAACGAUGAUUCUGAGAUGGGUCGAAUGAAUCGAUAAACCGCAAGUCAAAGCGUUGGAUUGUAUGUAACUGUUAGCAGACUCCAGAGUACCUUUUUGAGCUCGCACUGCCCUAAUCUGUUUAUUGUCGUGCUGUUAUAAAUGUCGAUGCCAAUUCAAAUGUUACGACUUCGAUGUACUGGCGCAUCGCCCCACUAAUCAUAGUGGAAGUCCUGGGACGCGAGAUAGUCGAAUAACAGUGGGUACGCCGGCCCUCACCAAAAGUUUAUAUCC